UCAGCAGAUUGGUAGCUGCUGAAAUUCACAUGUGCAAGAAUUGCCAGUUGCUGUAUUUCCAAAAUGUAGGACGUGUGCUUCUGAACUUGUGAUCCAGAUUUUGAAGGUCACUGACAUUUGACUUCUGCAAGUUACUUACUGCCCAGUUUGUUAAUGUCAUGUAUAUGAGACAGUUAAAAUGGAUUUUUUUGUUCCUCCUUUUAUUUUCUGUCAUAGCAAUAUGGUACAUAACUCUUUCCACAAACACCGUCAUUGAGCAUACAAACUCAAUAUAUUUUUAUGAGUAUGAACCAGUUUACAAGCAGCACUACCUCUUCACUUUGCGCGAACGCUGGAAAUGCGAAGACAUAAAUCCAUUUCUAGUCAUCUUGGUAUCGUCCGAACCUAGGGAUGUGAAGUCAAGACAGGCCAUAAGAGCAACGUGGGGAUCUAAAAACUUCUGGUGGGGACAACGAGUUCUAACCCUUUUCUUGCUAGGGCAGGAAGUUCACAGCGAUGGCAAUGCUGCGGUGCUGUCAGCUGAAGAUGAAAACAUUCUCUAUGGUGACGUAAUUCGCCAAGAUUUUAUGGACACGUAUGACAAUCUUACCUUGAAAACGAUCAUGGCAUUUAGGUGGGUAGCUGAAUUCUGUUCAAAUGCUAGGUUCCUCAUGAAGACUGAUGAUGAUGUUUUCAUCAACACUGGUAAUUUAGUAAAAUUUCUCCUAAAGCUAAAUUCCUCAGAAAAUAUUUUUACUGGUUAUCCUCUUAUAGAUAAUUUUGCCUACAGAGGCUUUUACCAAAAAACAUAUAUCUCUUAUGAUGAGUAUCCUUUCAGGCUGUUUCCUCCAUAUUGUAGUGGCAUGGGUUAUAUAUUGGAUGGGAAACUUGCUCUGAGGAUCUAUGAAAUGAUGAGUCAUAUCAAACCUAUUAAAUUUGAAGAUGUUUAUGUUGGAAUUUGCCUAAGUAUGCUUAAAGUGAACAUCAGUAUUCCAGAAGAUAAGCAACAAUUCUUUCUUUAUAAAAUUGACUUUGAUAUUUGUAAGUAUAGACAUUUAAUUGCAGUACAUGGUAUUACAUCAAGUGAAUUAAUCAGGUUUUGGCAAGUUUUGUCAUCAGAUUCUUCACUUAAUUGCUUUUGA